AUGGGUAAAGGCCUAGGUUACGACCAUACAAACAAUGUCGAGAAGAUUAUCUGGGAGAAUGUGCCUGGCGAGACCUUCAAGUUUGUCGUUUCCAUCUGGAAUAAUGUUGAUGUUGAGGCACCUACGUCAUUCGCAGUAGCAUGGGGUAUUCGACCUUUGGCAAGACUAUAG